UGUGUCAUCAUUCUCAACAUUUGUUCAUGUUGUCAUACCUUUUGUUGAUUUUUUUAAAAAUAGUCUGGAUUGAAUAUUGAAUGCAUUCUUUCCAAACAAAAUAAAAAUAUCAGUUAAGUAUAUAUGUAUUUUUUAAAAUUAAACUUUUGCAAAAGAAAACGCUAUUUAUGAAAUUAUUUUAACAUCUUGAGAUCAAUAUUUUGUCCAGCAUUUUUUUCACAUAUGUGUCAUAUUGGUAAAAUAGAAAAUGCAAACAACCCGAUUCCAAAAGCGUUAAGUACAACAUCCAAUUGUCCAGUCUUGCUAUUUUGUUAUUUUGUGGCCCCAGAUUAUUAAAAAUAAACAAAUUUAAAAAAGCAGUUUCCCUUGGCAAUCACAUGGAGGUGCACUACCGCCAAAAUGCUCUGAGCGCCGCUCGUGCUACGUCAUUGAAUUCGAAGGAAACUCGUCCGUGCAGCAGUCCUCCUCUCGGACUCCUUUUCGAGCUUCGCAGACGAGAAAGACGACGCUCUGCUCGCCAUUCGACGAGGAACGUUUUCCGUGGAUUCUCGUGUUUGAUUCGGUUUUUAUUGUCAAGGAUUCCUGUCGCUGUUUGGAUAUUUUCGGAUCCGCGAUGGAGCGUCUGUGGAUGCGCGCUGUCAGAGGCCGAUGGCGCACACUGUUUGUCGUUCUUUGUCUCUGUGAGCUGCGCUCCGUGAGCGGACAGGCUCGCUAUUCCAUACCGGAGGAGCAGGCGGAAGGCUCUUUCGUGGGGAACAUUGCGAGAGAUUUGGGCUUGGAUGUGGCCAGACUAGUAGCAGGUAAAGCUCGUAUUAUUAGCAAAGGAGGCCGACAGUAUGUUGAUUUCAAGCCAGACAAAGGCACACUUGUCAUUCAAGAGCGCAUCGACCGAGAGGAGCUUUGUGGAAAGACGACGCCCUGCAGCUUCACUUUCGACAUCAUUUUAGAAAAUCCCAUCCAACUUUAUCCCGUUCGCAUCCUGAUCCGGGACCAGAACGACAACGCCCCUCAGGUCCUGUACCCGGUCCAGCCGCACGCCGAAAUGGUGCCUCGUUCGGCAGACGCGGGCUAUCUGGUGACUAAAGUGGUGGCCGUGGAUGUGGACUCUGGACAGAACGCCUGGCUCUCCUAUAAAGUGCAGCACAAAUUUGGGGGCGCAGACAGGGGGGCGCUGUUUGAAGUGGGCCUCCACAAUGGAGAAAUGCGAACUGUCCGCCAAGUGACUGAUAAAGAUGCUGUCAAACAAAGACUGACUGUCGUAGUGGAGGACAACGGGCAGCCCUCUCGUUCGGCUACGGUCGCGGUCAACGUGGCGCUGGCGGACGGCUUCUCCGAAGUGCUGAGGUCGGAGUUCGCCGACGACUUUAGCGAGGACUACGACGACCGGCUGACUUUUUACUUAGUCUCGGCUUUGGCCGCGGUCUCCUUCCUCUUCGUCGCCUGCUUGCUGCUUAUCGUGUCGCUCAAAGUGUACAGGUGGAGACGGUCUCGCGUCCUGUACCGCUCCGACCUCCCCGUCAUUCCGUAUUAUCCGCCGCGCUACUGCGACACUUUGGGGACGGCGGGGACGCUCCCGCACGUCUACAGUUACGAGGCGUGCGCCGCCGCCAAGAGUCACGUGACGAACACGCAAGCCGUGAGUCAAAGUUUAGUGAGUGUGGACGGAGCGGACGCUGACGUGCCCGCACGGCGGCGAGCAGACGUCGGGGAACUGCUCUCGGAUGUCGACUUUGACUCCAUCUUCGACUUCCGUAUGGGGCGCCUGUCGUGCCAAUCAAACGUGAUCACUAAUGUCAUUUGA